GAGACCAGCUCAUUGAGUACAGUACCACCCUGCAGUUACACGCCGUUGAUUUGACAAUUCAGCGGCUCAAGACCCGUCCCCUCUACGUGAUGGAAACGCUACCCGAACGGAAUUCGUAACGGGCAAACAUCGACGGUUGGCUGGGGAUCGAACCGAAAAGACGUUGACUACCGUUGAUUUGUACUUGUACUCAUUCCUUGUCCAAGGCUUGAACGACCAGGCUUCCCCUUCUUUAACGCGAGAGAAUCGAUCUGGUCGAGCUUCAGAGGUGAAGCCAGGAACAACUUGCACGUCACAAUGGCGGUUCAGAUUCAAGCUCAUUCAUUCCCACUUCAUCCCAGUGUCAAGGAUCGACUACAUCCAGAAUAUGUGGCCUUCUACAACAAACACCUUCUGAAUCUGCCCCCUGCUCAUUGCUUACCGCUUUCUGUCUCUAGAGCGGGUGGAAAUGCCAUUGCCUGCCACAGUGAUCCUCUCCCUGUUGGCAGGGUCCAGGACAUCUGCAUACCCCAGCGCGCUCGGCAAGAAACCAACGGGCCUGACAUACCAAUACGAUGCUUCACCCCUCAAGGAACUCCGCCUAGCUCAGGAUGGCCAUUGGUAUUGUAUUAUCAUGGUGGAGGCUGGGUUUUCGGUGACCUUUCCACGGAGAAUAAUGUAUGCACAAACAUCUGUAAUCGAGCAAGGGCUGUAGUGAUCACGACAGACUAUAGACUCGCUCCUGAGGCACCUUGGCCUGCUGCAAUCCACGAUUCAUGGGAAACGUUACUCUGGGCGACAUCAACCGGCAAGGACACACUUAACCUCGAUCUUAUCAAGAUUGCCAUCGGGGGAGCGUCCUCCGGAGGAAACAUUGCGGCAGUCAUCGUCCAAAAUGCCGUGGUGCAGCAAUGUGCUCUCAUUCGAUCCCAGUUUCUGAUCGUGCCGGUCACGGAUAACACAGCUACACCGUGCUCAAAGAACCCAACAUGGAAGAUGUUUGAGCAUACGGCCGCUCUACCGGCGAAGAAAAUGUUGUGGUAUCGUAACCACUAUCUACCGGAUCCAGCUACCUGGUCGCACAGGGAGGCGUCGCCGCUUCUCGCACCGAACGCCAUCUUUAGGCAGCUGCCACGCGCGAACAUCAUCGUCGGAGAGCUCGACGUUCUCAGGCACGAAGGUGAAGAGUAUGCGAGAAAGUUAGAGGCCAACGGAAUAUCGGCGGAUUUGACGGUCAUGAAGGGAAUGCCGCAUCCCUUUCUGGCCAUGGACGCUGUGCUCGAGGCUGGGAAGCGAGCGAUAUCGAUUACUUGUGAUGGGUUGAUUCAGGCGUUCUCCAGUUAAUCAUUAUGAGGCAAUUGGGGGCUCAAGGGCGUUUGGGUGCGGGACCACAGACAAGACCCAAGUGGUGGCUGUCUCAAUAUACGCAUUAGAUGUUUUUGAAAGUAU